CGCAACUAUUAUUUAUAUAUAUAUAUGGCAUUUAAUUCCAAAUGAUAUAGAAAAGAAAUUAGUGAUAUUUAUUUAAAAAAAAAAAAGAACAAAUAAUGGGUGAUAUGAAGAAAAAAUUUUCCGACGCCGAUAAAGCAAAGGAAAAAUAUUAUAAAGUUAUACAAAUUCCACCAAUUCCGGAUAAAUGGAAAUUGGUUCCUGCUUUUUUAAAAGGCAAAGGAUUAGUUCGUCAGCAUAUUGAUUCAUUUAAUUAUUUCAUUAAUGUUGAGGUGAAAAAAAUCAUUCAAACAAAUGAAAUGGUUUUCAGUGAUGCUGAUCCUGAUUUUUAUCUCAAAUAUUUAAACGUUUAUGUGGGAACACCUGAUAUUGAAGAGGGAAUAAAUGGCUCAUGUCCAUCAACACCAAUGGAUUGUCGUUUACGUGAUUUAAAUUAUUCAGCGCCAAUUACUGUUGAUAUACAAUAUACACGCGGUCAUGAAACAAUAAUAAGAAAUAAUUUACUUCUCGGUCGUAUGCCAAUAAUGUUACGUAGUUCAAAUUGUGUAUUAACAAAUAAAUCACAUUAUGAAUUGGCACAAUUAAAAGAAUGUCCACACGAUCCUGGUGGUUAUUUUAUUAUUAAUGGACAGGAAAAAGUAAUAUUAAUACAAGAACAAUUAUUAAGAAAUCGUAUAUUACUUGAGGAGGAUAGUAAAAAUUGUAUUGUCGCAAUUUGUAAUAGUGUUACACAUGAGAGAAAAACACGUACAAAUGUUAUUGGCAAAGGUGGCAAAUAUUAUGUGAGACUCAACAUUUUUUCAGAUGAUGUGCCGAUUGUCGCAGUUUUUAAUGCCCUGGGUUUUCAAUGCGAUCAAGAAAUUGUACAAAUGAUUGGCACUGAGGACAAUAUAAGUGAGAAAUUGUCAGCAAGUUUAGACGAAUGUCAGGACAUUAAAUCGCAAAAUGAAGCUUUAUAUUAUUUAAGUAGCAAACGAAAACAAAAAAGAUUUAAUGUUGUAAAAUCGAAUCUCUACGAUGAAAUGAAAGAUAUUUUGGCGACAAAUUUAUUGUCUCACGUUCCGGUCGUGGACUUUAGUUUUAAAUUGAAAGCCGUUCAUUUGGCUUUAAUGGUACGUAAAGUGAUAAUGGCACAAAAUGAUCGUAGUUUAUUGGACGAUCGCGAUUAUUAUGGAAAUAAACGUUUAGAAUUGGCUGGCUCUUUGCUUGCUCUCAUGUUCGAAGAUCUUCUCAAAAGAUUCAAUUGGGAGUUGAAAACAGUGGCUGACAAAAAUAUACCAAAAAUAAAAGCCGCACAAUUUGAUAUUGUGAAAUACUUUCGACAGGACAAAAUAACGAGUGGUUUGGCUUUUGCAAUUUCAACUGGAAAUUGGACAAUAAAACGUUUUAAAAUGGAACGUCACGGUGUUACACAAGUUUUAUCGAGACUCUCCUAUAUAUCCGCAUUGGGAAUGAUGACAAGAGUGAAUUCACAAUUUGAAAAAAGCAGAAAAGUCUCAGGUCCACGUUCAUUACAGGCGUCACAAUGGGGAAUGCUUUGUCCAAGUGAUACACCUGAGGGAGAGGGUUGCGGUUUAGUAAAAAAUUUGGCAUUAAUGACGCACAUUACAACUGAAGUUGAAGAGGAACCUUUAGCGAGAAUUGCAUUUCAUCUUGGCGUACAAGAUCCGGGAAUGCUUGGUGGUGAAGAAAUACAUCAAGAUGGUGUUUACAUGGUUUCAUUAAAUGGAACAUUACUCGGUGUUGUUAGAAAUCAUGAGAGAUUGAUAAGAAUAUUUCGUAAAUUAAGAAGAAAAUGUUGGAUAAGCAGUUUUGUUUCAAUUUAUUCACAACCAAAAUUUAGAUGCAUUCACAUAAGUUCGGACGGUGGAAGAUUAUGUCGUCCUUAUUUAAUUGUCAAUAAUGGUCAACCAUUAUUGCGUAAUGAACAUAUGAAACUAUUGGAACAGGGUUUGAGAACAUUUGAAGAUUUUUUACACGAAGGUAUAAUUGAAUAUUUAGAUGUUAAUGAAGAGAACGAUAGUUAUAUUGCAUUUGACGAGAGUCAAGUUAAUAUAAAAACAACACACAUGGAAAUUGAACCAUUUACAAUACUUGGUGUUUGCGCUGGUCUUGUACCAUUUCCCCAUCAUAAUCAAAGUCCACGUAAUACAUAUCAAUGUGCAAUGGGUAAACAAGCAAUGGGUACAAUUGGUUAUAAUCAACGUAAUCGAAUUGAUACAUUAAUGUAUAAUCUUGUUUAUCCACAAGCGCCAAUGGUAAAAUCACGUACAAUUGAAUUAAUAAAUUUUGAUAAAUUACCAGCUGGACAAAAUUCAAUUGUUGCUGUAAUGUCAUAUAGUGGUUAUGAUAUUGAGGAUGCACUUGUUAUUAAUAAAGAUUCAAUUGAUCGUGGUUUUGGACGUUGUUUAGUUUAUCGUAAUACAAAAUGUUUAUUAAAACGUUAUCCAAAUAUGACAUAUGACAUUAUACUUGGACCAAUGUUAGAUGGAAAUACAAAAAAACCAAUAUGGAAACAUGAUGUAUUAGAUAUGGAUGGUAUUGUUGCACCAGGUGAAAUGCUUGAAAAUCGUAAAGUAAUGAUUAAUAAAUCAGUGCCAAAAGAAACAAAUAAUCAACAUGUUAGCGGUGGUGGUCAACAAAAUCCAAUUGAACAUCGUGAACAAUCGGUACUUUAUAAAGGUGCAAUACCAUCGUAUGUUGAAAAAGUAAUGAUAUCAAGCUUUCAGGAUAAUUCAUUUUUAUUAAAAGUUUUAUUAAGACAAACAAGAAGACCGGAAAUUGGUGAUAAAUUUAGUAGUCGACAUGGACAAAAAGGUGUGACGGGUUUAAUUGUUGAACAACAGGAUUUACCAUUUAAUGAUCAGGGUAUUUGUCCGGAUAUUAUUAUGAAUCCACAUGGUUUUCCAUCGCGGAUGACUGUUGGUAAAUUAAUUGAAAUUAUCGCUGGUAAAGCGGGAGUAUUAAAGGGAGAAUUUCAUUAUGGAACUGCAUUUGGAGGCUCAAAAGUAAAGGAUGUUUGCGAUGAAUUGGAAAAACAAGGAUACAAUUAUCUCGGAAAAGAUUUCUUUUAUUCCGGAACAACUGGUGAACCAUUGCAGGCUUAUGUUUAUUCGGGACCUGUGUACUAUCAAAAAUUGAAACACAUGGUACAGGAUAAAAUGCACGCGAGAGCAAGAGGACCGCGUGCAGUUUUAACACGUCAACCAACUGAGGGUCGUUCUAAAGAAGGUGGUUUACGUUUAGGUGAAAUGGAACGCGAUUGUUUAAUUGCAUAUGGUGCAAGUAAUCUUCUUGUUGAAAGAUUAAUGUUAUCGAGUGAUGCAUUUGAAGUUGAUGUUUGUAAAGGUUGUGGCCUAAUGGUUUACAGUGGACAUUGUCGUAGUUGUGAAUCAAAACAAGAUAAAGAUAAAAGAAAUGCCGGCGUUUCGACAAUUACAAUACCGUAUGCAUGUAAACUUUUAUUUCAAGAAUUACAAUCAAUGAAUAUUGUUCCACGAUUAUCGACAAAACCAAUGAGUGAGAAAUAAAAAAAAAAUUCUCAUUUUUUUUUAAAAGAA